AUGGCACGAAAUGUUAUUCAUGAUUUAAGACAAGGCUGUUCAAAAUUCUUUUGCACACGUCUCUAUUUGGCUCAAGAUGGCGUCAUGGCUAUUACAUCGAUUCUUUUACAUCAUCCAAAGUUUGAAGCGUACAUUUACACGGGUGUGUGCUAUCGUGGUAUGCGCGUGAAAGCAUCAGAACUCGCUCCCU